CACACAUAGACAGAAGACCUGAGGACUUUCUCUGCUGUACCUGCUCAUCUGGAACAAUGCAUGUCAACAUCCCUGUCACAGAGGAGCUGGUGGAUGAUCUUGGGGGACGUUAUGUGCUCUACUCUGUCUAUCUGGAAGGCUUCAUCCUCUUCAAAGUGCGAUACAAAGAAUUACAUUUUUGGGAUGAACAGAUGCACCGGAUAUUUGGAAACAGACUACCUUUAUUCCCACCAAAAUACUACCUGAUGAUGACCAAAUCCAUGGCUGAAGAAAGAAGGACAAUGCUUGAACGCUAUUUACAAGAAAUUGUUUCAGAUCCCGUUGUCUCAAACAGUGAAAUCUUCAUAGUCUAUUUGAAGAAAUUUCAGUUGGGAAAGAUGCCCACAGUGAAACUAAUCUUCAAUGUCUACUUGCCUGAUGGCAACCAUGUUAAAGUGGACGGGCAGUCAUCUGACACUGCAGAGAGAGUGCUGGAGGCUGCUUUGUACAAACUGGGUGUAUCCAGAGAAUUGAAGGAAUAUUUCAGCCUGUUUAUUACACACAAAGAGAGCGCGGGCGCGUUCACUGUUAUAAAGAGGAUUGCGCACUUUGAAAUCCCUUUCGUAACUAUUUGGAACAUACAUAAUGAAAGCUUUCAGAUUGACAUCAGGAAAUGGUAUAUGGAUCCCUCUACUGAUGUCAUGUUAAUGGGCUGUACAGCUGCUAUUGAUUUGUUAUAUUGUCAGGCUGUUCAAGAGCUGGAAGUGAAUUGGUCCAGACCAACAGAGGAACAGAGACAGAGACUUCAACACUUCACAAAGACAGACAAUAAAGUCAAGUUUUUGGAGCUCAUGCAGGAAGUGGAGCAUUACGGUUACGUGGUGUUAGGCCCCUGUACUGCAAACCUAACAGAGAAGAGCGGCGCCAUUACAGUGGCUGUGGGCAGUAUUAAACUAUCCUGUAGCAGUGAGAAUGAACAUUUCUGUCUUCCCAUCAACUUAAUUACUGGAUGGCAUGUUAAUAUGCAUGUGCAGACUGAAAAAUCCAACAGCCACCCGUUCGAGUUCAAACUGGAGUACAAGCAAGGACAACAGAGGACGUGGAUCACAAUAUGGACAGAGCAGGCAUUCCUACUCAGCAGUUGCUUAAAGAAGACACUGAGUGAGCAGCCAAUGACUUCAGUCAAGGAGAGCCUGGAAAUUGUGGAAAAGAAGACAUCAGCAAAUGUAUUUAGCAGGAAACCUAGACAGGUUGAAGUCUCUAUGAAAAAAGUUCCCUGCUCAUCCAACCUUGAACAAAGUAAUAUGUUUGAGUCUCAAGAUUUGAGUCUGUAGUAUCACUCUAUGGGCUUGCUGGACUAAAUCCUGUGAAUAUAAUUACAAUAAUAUCUCUAGAAUUUCUA